GAUCCCUGCCAGCCCUCACCCCAUUCCCCGGGAGAAGCAGGAAAAUCAAAGCCGGAGUCCUAGGUGUAGCUGCUGAGCCCCAGCCGGCUGGACAGAUGCUCGCCUCUCCCCAGUUUCUGAAUUCUGUUUUGAGGGAGAAGUGGGGGGCAAAAAGACGGAUGGCCCCAGCUCUGAAGUCAGCGCGGCGGGUUUGAAUCCUCGUUGCUUGCUGGCUGGGUGGGAUGUGAUGCAGAAUAUGUCCCCAACUGUCUUUGAGGCUCUCUUCCUGGGCUGUUAAAAACUCUAUGACAGGGUAAUGGUGAGUAAGCGAAGUCCAGCACACUGCUGGGCACACUGUAGGAACCAAAUAUCAUCACAGAAGCCCAGCAUUGCUGGUGUCGAUGUGUUGUGCGCUUCGGAGGGAUGAGACUCCUGUCCUCAGACACCAGUGAGAUGUCUUCCUCUGGACCCACGCGUUGAUGGCGUGUCUGCCAGCUCUGCUGGAUAGAGCUUGUGAGGAGUUUUGAUGGGGAAGGAGAGGUCAGGAGGGACCUCGACCCACCCCUUCGAUUCCAGACAGGAACUCCAAGCCUGGGAAAGGACGUGCUCUCCCCACAGUCUCAUGGUGGGUGGCGCUGAGGUCCAGGACCUCCGGAAGAGGAAAAGGCAGGAGGAAUGGAGUCCCAGGGAUGUGGUGAUGGGGAGGCUGGCUUGUCAAGGCUGAAUUUCCAGCCCACAAAGGUCCCGGGGGCAUUUUCUCUUGCCUCUGGAGGGCAUUUGGCUUCCCAGGAGGGUAUGGCUCAUUGAGCAAGUCUCUGGGUCUCUGUUGCCUUUAAGGGUGGUUUGCCACCUUCAUACCUGGGCUGAGCUAGAGACACAUGGAGGCCACCCCAAAGCCAGCGGGAACAGCCCACAAGUCAGUGCUUGCAAUUGGCUUAACCCCCCCCAGGCGUGCUGGCUCCCCAGAAGCAGGGGACUGGCCAUUUCCAGGAGCUGAUGGAUGCUCUGGGAGUGUCCAUGAGUGUUGGGACAGUGAGCUGGGUGCUUGGGAGAAAGCACGCGGUGGGUGCAGCAAGCCUGCUUACUCCCCAGCUUGGCCCAAAUCCCAGCGCUGAGAGAAAGUGAAAGAGAAAAGGACGCCUGUAGGGGGGUGAGAUGGGGUGGCUGGCCAACAGACCCGCCCCAGUUUCGCCUCAGCCCCAGAGCCGGCAGGGAGCACUGGGAGCACGCGGGACUCCGGGGAGCGGGGAGCGGCGACAACUUCUCAAAAGGAGAAAUCGUCUUGUCACCCAUGCCUCGUCACCAGGCAGUGGGCAGUGUGCUGCCAUGGACCUGGGGCCUCUAGAAGGCGGGUACCUGGAGCUUCUCAACAGCAGUGCUGAUCCCUUGCAGCUCUACCACCUCUAUGACCAGACGGACCUGGCUAGAGAAGAGCUUGAGCUCUGCUCAGAACCCGACAUGGACACCAUCAACUGCGAGCAGUUCAGCAAACUGUUGUGUGACAUCGAAGGUGAUGAAGAGACCAGGGAGGCUUAUGCCAAUAUCGCGGAACUGGACCAGUACGUGUUUCAGGACUCCCAGCUGGAUGGUCUGGGCAAAGACAUUUUUAUCGAGCACAUAGGAUUGGAUGAAAUAAUCAGCGAGAAUGUGGAGGUGCUGGAGGAAGCAGGGCAGAAAAGUCAGAAAAGACCCUUCCCAGAGGAGCUGCCCGUGGACUUGAAGCACAGGAAGCUAGCCGAGCCCGUCACUGUGCCCAUGGUGACUGGCACGUUCCUGGUGGGGCCAGUGAGCGACUCCUCAGCACUGCCCUGCCUGUCACCUCCUGCUGUGUUCAACAAGGAGCCAGAAUCCAGCCCGCGUUGGAUGGAAGAGACCGUCCUGGUGCCUGUGCCCCCUUCCAGUUCCUUGCUGGGGUGCCUCAGCCUUCCUGCUGGACCCAUUCAGAUUGUCCCCAGCCUCCCCUCUCUGCCCCAGGGGCUCUGGCAGAUCUCAGGGCCUGGGACAGGGGUGUCCAGUAUGGUCAUCUAUCAAGGCGAGAUGCCCCAGGCCAGCCAAGUGCUUCCUUCCAGUGGCCCAGCUGUGCAGAGCCUCCCCAAGUCUCCAGAUCGGCCUGGCUCCACCAGCCCCUUUGCUCCGUCUGCAACUGACCUUCCUGGCAUGCCAGAACCAGCCUUGACCUCCCGUGCAAAUACAACAGAGGACCAGAUGUCCCCUACCCAGGGCCUGGCGACUCAUGAGGUCUCCAGCAAGCCUCCGAAAUGGCCUGAGAGCGUGGAGCAGUUCUGCCGUUCCCUCCGGGACAAGUACCAGGCCGAGCCCGCAGACCCGGAAGGCAUCCUGGUGGAGGUGGAGCUGGUGAGGGCGCGGCUGGAGAGGAGCAGCGACAAGAGCCAGGAGCGGGAGCUGGCCACCCCGGACUGGGCGGAGCGGCAGCUGGCCCGCGGGGGUCUGGCUGAGGUGCUGCUGGCUGCUGGGGACCGCCGGCGGCCGCGGGAGACGCAGGUGAUCGCCGUGCUGGGUAAAGCCGGACAGGGGAAGAGCCGCUGGGCCCGGGAAGUGAGCCGCGCCUGGGCCUGUGGCCAGCUGCCCCAGUACGACUUCGUCUUCUACUUCCCCUGCCACUGUCUGGACCGCGCGGGGGACAGUUACCGCCUGCAGGAUCUGCUCUUCUGCCUGGGCCCCCAGCCACAGCCCGCGGACGAGGUCUUCAGCCACGUCUCGAGAAGGCCCGACCGGGUUCUGCUCAUCCUGGAUGCCUUCGAGGGCCUCGAAGGCCAAGACGGCCUCCUGCACAGCGCAGGCGGACCUGUGUCCACAGAGCCGCACUCCUUCCGGGGGCUGCUGGCCGGGCUCUUCCAGCGGAAGCUGCUGCGAGGCUGCACCGUACUGCUCACGGCCCGGCCCCGGGGCCGCCUGGCCCAGAGCCUCAGCAAGGCCGACGUCCUGUUCGAGGUGGCCGGCUUCUCCGCCCAGCAGGCCGAGACCUACGUGACCCACUACCUGGAGCGCAUCGGGGGUACCGAGCGCCGAGAGCGAGCCCUAGCGCUCCUCCGCCGCCGGCCCUUCCUGCUCAGCCUCAGCCACAGUCCCACCGUGUGCCGGGCCGUGUGCCAGCUCUCCGAGGCCCUCCUGGAGCUGGAUGGUGAGGCCGAGCUGCCCUCCACGCUCACGGGACUCUAUGUGGGGCUGCUGAGCCCUGCAGCCCGAGACAGCCCCCCGGGGGCCCUGGCGGGACUGGCCAGGCUGGCCUGGGAGCUGGGCCGCAGACACCGUGGCACCCUGAGGGACAGCCAGUUCCCAUCAGCGGAGGUGAGGGCCUGGGCCGUGACCCGAGGCCUGGUGCAGCCUGUCCCGGGGGCCCCAGACGCAGAGCUGGCCUUCUCCAGCUUCCUCCUGCAGUGCUUCCUGGGAGCCGUGUGGCUGGCUCUGAGCACUGAGAUCAAGGACAAGGAGCUGCCGCAGUACUUGGCCUUGACCCCGAGGAAGAAGAGGCCGUAUGACAACUGGCUGGAGGGCGUGCCGCGCUUCCUGGCUGGGCUGCUUUUCCAGCCUCACGCUGAUGGCCUCGGAGCCCUGACGGGACCGGCGGGGGCCGCCGUGGGGGCCAGGAAGCAGAAGGCGCUCAGCAGGUACCUGAAGCGGCUGCAGCCCGGGAUGCUCCGGGCUGGGCGGCUGCUGGAGCUGCUGCACUGUGCCCACGAGGCUGCGGACGCUGGGCUCUGGCAGCACGUGGUGCAGGGGCUCCCGGCCCGCCUCUCCUUCCUGGGCACCCGGCUCACACCGCCCAAUGCCUAUGUGCUGCACAGCGCCUUGGAGGCGGCCGGCCGAGACUUCUCCCUGGACCUCCGCAGCACUGGCAUCGACCCCGCUGGGCUGGGGAGCCUCGUGGGACUCCGCUGUGUCACCCAUUUCAGGGCUUCGCUGAGUGACACGGUGGGCCUGUGGGAGUCUCUACAGCAGCGUGGGGAGACUGAGCUGCUCCAGGCAGUGGAGGAGAAGUUCACCAUCGAGCCUUUCAAGGCCAACUCCCCAAAGGAUGUGGAAGACUUGGGCAACCUCGUGCAGAUCCAGAGGACAAGGAGUUCCUUGGAAGACACAGCUGGAGAGCUCCCUGCCGUCCGGGACCUGAAGAAGCUGGAGUUUGCGCUGGGCUCCGCCUCAGGCCCCCAGGCUUUUCCCAAACUGGUGAGGAUCCUCGAGGCCUUUUCUUCCCUUCAGCAUCUGGACCUGGACUCGCUGAGUGAGAACAAGAUCGGGGAUGAGGGUGUCGAGCAGCUGUCAGCCACUUUCCCUCGGCUGAAGGCCCUGGAGACUCUCAACUUGUCCCAGAACAGCAUCACUGACGUGGGUGCCUGCAAGCUCGCCGAGGCCCUGCCCUCCCUGGCUUCAUCCCUCCUCAGGCUGAGCGUGUACAAUAACAGCAUCUGUGAUGUGGGAGCGGAGAGCCUGGCACAUGUGCUUCCAGACAUGGUGUCCCUCCGGGUGUUGGAUGUCCAGUAUAACAAGUUCACGGCCGCCGGGGCCCAGCAGCUCGCCGCCAGCCUGAGAAAGUGUCCUCACGUGGAGACACUGGCGAUGUGGACGCCCACCAUCCCGUUUGGUGUCCAUGAACACCUACAGCAGCUGGACUCACGGAUCAGCCUCAGAUGAGCUCUGGGAUGCCUGGGACGAGCUACCCGAGCAUGUUCUCAGAGGACGCUGACCACACUGGACCUUGACCUGGUUAUCUGUGGACACAGUUGUCCUUGGGCCCACGAGCCAAGCAGUCUGGCGCCCAGCCCUGCCGGCUCAGGGUCGGCCCCCACGCAGCUGCGAGGAGGACCUGCUCUGCGGGCCCAGCUCCAGGCCUCCAUGGGGCCCAGGUCGAUGACAGCCCCCGCAGACGGGUGGGCGCCCAGUGGCCACUGCGGUCCACCCAGGAACCCUGAGGCAGGCCCUGUGGGACACUCUACAGCGGUGGCAGACCAGAGCAGAGGAGUGGGGCAUCCCCAACUCUGUUCCCCCAGGUCCCUGCUGGCCCGGGAGGGAGGCACUUCUCCACACGGCACUCCUAAUAGGGGUACACUGCGUGCUGUGCGGACAGCUGUGGCCGCCCCGCCAGCUCCUUUCCCAAACUGUGACAGGCCGGGAUUCUGCAUUCUGCGGCAGCUGCUUCGUGUCUGCUGGACCCACUGUUUUGCACUAACUUCGUUGAGCCCAAAGCUUGGCCUGGCGCAGACACACCGGACUUUAGCUGGAAAGAGCGGACGGUACACUAAUGGAGGGGGAAGGGCAAGGGGGCUGGAGCCACACCUGCCUCUCGGCCUUCAUAUCUUGUGUUGUGUUUCACUACAUUAUAAAGGGCUCCUUUAAUCUCACGGGCAUGGCCACCAUUUGAGUUUAUACCUUGAUGACCGUUUUGGGGCGCCCGCUGUACGUUUAUCGAAUGCACCACAUACUCCCCCCAAGAUGCAGGGACUUAAGAUGACACACGCAUUGAUUCUGCUCCUGGGCCAGUCACUGUGGGCUGGGCUCGUUGGGGACGGGACAUGUCGGUCCCACUCCGUGUCAGCGGGGGUGACGUGCUGGCUGGCGGGGUCAGCUGGGGCUUUGGUUCUUCUAAGGAACCGACCACAGAGGGGGCACCUCUCCACGUGGGCUGGUUUGGGCUUCCUCAUCGCGUGGCAGCUGGGUUGAAGGGCGAUCACCCGCAAUGGAAGAGGGAGACAGAGACCAGAGAGAGAAGAAUCCUUUCUAUAAACCAUCCUUGGGAAUCACCUGGCAUCACUUGCUCCACAUUCUUUUUGGAAUGGGACAGGGGCCGUGACUGUCCUACUACCCACCCCCCCAGCUCCUCCCCCGCCGGCGGAGUCCACCAUGGCCCGAGUCCUGUCUCUUUGGAGAGCCCCUUCCUAUGGCAUCUCGAGCUUUAGCGGCAAAUUCAUAUCUGGGGACCGGCAAGGUGAUGCACCAUAAGCCUUGCAGGGGGUUUGUUUCCCUCUGCCUCUCUCUGACUCGCUCUUCUAUCCUGGGAGCCAUUUCUUAGUCGGGCUGGCAUCUUGCCUUGGCCACGGUGAGCCUGGAAGGGACCUGGGAGCUUUGUGGUCUGCACUGAGAGCUGCAGCUCAGCUAUUGUUUUCGCUGGAGCGUGGCCUGCUUGGUCAGAAGUCCCAAGGUGGGUCAAGCUGGCUUUCUCCCCGUGGCAGCGGGAGCAGUCUCCUCUGCUUUAGCACACCAGCCCUGAUGCCCGGUUUCCAGUCUCUCCUCCUCUUUCCCGAAAGUGGGAGUCAGAGGUCAGGAGGGUUGGAGGGAUUUGGAGCCAAUUGCUGGGUUGGCAGUCCUGGCAGAGAGGGGCGUUGCCUUCUGCCGCGGCCCCGCUGCUGAGGGCACCAGGCGCUCUGACCCAGGCUUGGGUUUUAAAGAGCAUGGGCAUUACUCCUCAGGGUGUGCCCGGAUUUGUGGAUUGUGUGGACGCCCGUGUACAGCUGCAGGGGCGAGCACCCCCCAGCUGGAUGGGGAGGGCACGGUGGCACACACUGCUUCCAUCUGACUCAGAGGCUAUGACUAUUCAUAGUUCUGACUUAAUAUACGAUGGCUACCAUUUAUUAAAUAAGUUGCUACCUGUAAGGUGCUUCACAGUGGAAGGGACAUAGUAGGUGUUCAAUAAGCAUCAGCAACCACCACUUUGUGCCAGUACCUUGUUAAGCCCUUAAGCUGGUCUAGGGCCAGCAGCAGACGCCAGAGCUAGAUCACGUGGGCUCGGUGCCCAGCUCACCACUUGUGCAAAUUCUCAUGCCUCAGUCUCAUCGUAUAUAAAAUGGGCAUAAUUAUAGUUCCUCUUCAUUAUGCAGAGAUUCAAGGAGUUAAGACACUGACAGCAAGAGCCUGGCAUACAGCUCAAUACUUGUUAGCCGUCCUUAUUACGUAUGAAUGUGUGUUUUGUUUCUGCCUGUGCCUGGAAUGUUCUUCCCAGGCCCUUCAUAGUGGGCAACUUCUGAUCCUGUAGGACUUGGUUUAAAGGACAGGUCCUCAUGAAGGUCUACCAGACCACCCUAUCAAAUAGACACCCCACCCCCACUCUCCAAACUGGUCAUUAGUUUCUUGUUUUCUUGCUUCUUUGUUGUGUUGUCUGCUCCUGUCCUAGGAUGUGAGCUCCAGAGGGCAGCUCACCUGUCUGCUUUGUUCACUGCUGUGCCCUCUGUACCUUGCAAGGUGCCUGAACACAGUAAGUGCUCAAUAAAUGUUUGUGGAAUGAA